UGCACCGUGUACGCCCGCUUUGAUGAGACGCCUACUUGUCCGAACGAAAAAAAUGAUAGAGAGGGCAUUAAAAAUGAACACAAAUGAACCUUUUUGCUACCAGGGCAGAGUAGGAAUUCAAUGGGUUUUCACGCACUGUGUCUCCCAGCUCUCCCAAUUACAAGAUUGGCUUCGGUCGGGUGCAGAUCGUGGAUUUCUUUUGUGCCGUUUCCGAAAGUGAAAGCAAUAAUCAAAAUGAAACUGUUCCUAGUGAGCGCCUUUUUCUUCCUGGCCAGCUUCCAAGCUGCUCGUGCAUUGCGUUGCAUGCAGGGCGUCGAAAUAUCGCUUCCGUCCGAUGACACCACGGACAAGGACAAGGACAAAGAGAAGAUGCCCGAAUACACCGAAUGUGGUAUCGCAAGUACCGCUGUCUCGGCUGCUUCGCUGCUGGUGCUGAAACCGUCCACCGCUACAAUACCUUCGACCAGCUACAAGUGCUACCAUCUGCGGAUCGAAACUACCGACACCAAGAAGGCUUCCAUCGUGAAGGGGUGCAUCUACAAGGAGCAGGAUGUGUGCGACGGCAAGUUCAAGGCAGACAGUGUGCGUGAAGUGUUCUGCAGCCAGUGCGAUCAGGACGAGUGCAAUUCGGCCCUCCACUUCGCGUCCAACUGGAAGAUGCUCGGCUUCACCCUUUUCACCAUUGUGUGCUUCUUCAUGAAGUAAUCUCAUUCCACACCGCGGUUCAAGGUUCCGGAAAUCCCGGAUUCUCCCCGGUUUACUCCACCACAUGUACGCCAAGACGAGACGAGUCUCGGUUUUUUGUUUUGUUUUUUAGAGUGUAAGCUUUACAUCUACUACAGCAAACGAUUCGAUAGGCUUCAGUCUCAAACUUCUCAGGAUAAUACGCAUGCCUUCCGCGAGCGUCAGUGUUUGCGUGCGACAAUAUAAUGGUAGGCUGCCGAUCGGUGGGAGCAGCACAAUGAUAAAAAAAAAACACUCACACAUAACUAUCCCGCGACCAACAGUAGCCGCAUCGCAUCUGGAAAAUGUCCGGGACAAUUGCCUUAAAACGACGAACCAACGAUAUGAGUUCGUAAUCUCAAACGCUUUUUAUUACUGGUAGAUUUUUAGACGAUGCAUUCCUCGCCACCAUCAAGGUCAACGGAUGUAGUGACGCUUUCCGUGCUUGCGGCAUAUUUUUCUCAUCACCAUCUAGUGCAGUUUCGUAUAGUGAGUUUGACCGAACAGAUCUUAAAGAAAGUCAUUGACAUUCGCAAUUUUUUGCUUCGCUCAUAUAACGAAAAUCACGUUUACAACCGGAGAUGCAGUUUCUCAAGCUUUUCUGCGAUAGAUUCAUUCUAGUUUUUGCUUGCGUGAAGCAUCUUAGCGAGUGACCAAAGAAACAAUAAAAUUUGCAAUCAUUAGCAUGCCGCUCGCGUCUCAUCUUGUGCGGCGGGGCGUGUGCGCCGUUGUAUCGGCGGCAAACA